AUAGAAAUAAAUAAUAUUGGAGUGUCUGUUUGUUAUAAUAAAAUAACCACUUUUUACUAAAUGCGUAAGUAUGUAUACCCAGUACAUAUUACCAAAAUAACAUUUCUUUUAAAAUUUGUGGGUCUCUCUGUUUGUCUGUCUGUCUGUUUUUUCUGACUAAUCUCUGUAACGGUUGGACCGAUUUUGACGGGACUUUCACUGAUAGAUAGCUGAUGAUAUAAGGAGUAACUUAGGCUACAUUUCUUUGGAUUAGCUUAGCCCCGCGGCGUCACCCGCGGUACGAUAAUAACCGCGGGUAACAUUGCGGGACUCAGCUGUAUGGCUUUAAAGCUGUAGGGACACGUAAGCGCUUGCGCAUGCAGUUAUUGCAUUACACCGCACCAGUUGCCCGGCGCCGGUCUUUAUGUAAACACAUGUACCAUCUUACGGAAUAAACGGUGUUUUCAUUACUGUGUAUUAGUUCUUUAUUACUGAAGUCACAAUUGGUAACAACAUCUACAGUAGUGAUCCAAAAGUGGUGACCCCGACGUGAUCAGUGUCACUUAGUGUCACUCACCAUCCAAUUAAAUUAAUCUCUAGUUUUUCCCUUUCGUAGAUUUACAUUCAAUAAUUCUACAAUGGCUAUGCCAGUCCGGGUUCUUUCUAAGUUCAAAGAUGGACUAAAACUCGGCAAUGUACGAUUUGCAUCUGGCAACCCUUAUGCUGAAACCAGAAAAAAUUUGAUCCUUACAAGUGAAACAAAAGUGAUUGUUCAGGGUUUCACUGGAAAGCAGGGUACCUUCCACAGCCAACAAGCCCUUGACUAUGGUACUAAAGUUGUUGGAGGAGUGUCACCAAAGAAGGCUGGUACAGAACAUCUUGGUAAGCCUGUGUUUGGUACAGUCAAAGAGGCAAAGGCAGGCACAGGAGCAACUGCCUCUGUUAUUUAUGUACCUCCCCCUGGAGCUGCAGCAGCCAUUCUAGAAGCUAUUGAGGCUGAAAUGCCCCUCAUUGUGUGCAUUACAGAAGGUGUGCCACAACAUGAUAUGGUGCGAGUAAAACAUGCCCUCUUGAGACAAAACAAGUCUAGACUGGUUGGUCCUAACUGUCCUGGUAUCAUUGCUCCCGAGAAGUGUAAAAUUGGUAUCAUGCCAGCUGCAGUGCACAAACGUGGUUGCAUCGGAGUUGUAUCGCGUUCUGGGACAUUGACCUAUGAAGCCUGUCAUCAGACUACUAUUACUGGCUUAGGCCAAACUUUGUGUGUCGGUAUUGGAGGGGAUCCCUUCAACGGAACAGACUUCAUUGACUGCUUAGAAGUUUUCCUCAAGGAUCCUGAGACCAAGGGCAUCAUCCUCAUUGGUGAAAUUGGUGGAAAUGCUGAAGAAUUAGCAUCAGAAUAUUUGACUCAGUACAAUACUGGUCAAAAAGCGAAGCCUGUGGUGUCGUUUAUCGCUGGUUUGACGGCUCCCCCGGGCCGACGAAUGGGUCACGCCGGUGCCAUCAUUUCGGGCGGCAAAGGAGGCGCCAUGGACAAAAUUAAGGCUUUAGAAAAAGCUAAUGUAAUCGUCACUCGGUCUCCGGCCAAAAUGGGCGUGGAACUUCACAAAGAAAUGAAACGAUUAGAGAUCAUCUAAACUUAACGUUCCUUAAAAAUGUGUAAACGCGUUAGGUCGAACCACUCUUGUAUAGUGUUUUAGUUACUAUAUUGCUAUUAUUUAUUUUCGAUUGUUGUUACAAUUUGUCUUGUAUUGUUAUUUUGCGAUUCCUGAGACAUAUUGAUAUUUUCAUAAAAAUAUAAUAUUUAAUCUCGUACAUACAUAUAUCAACCAGAUUGAGUUUUAUAUAACAAUGCUUUAUUGGUCUUGUUGAAAUUGCUAUAGCAUGCACGAAUUCGAUAGUGCACCUUAUGAGAUAAGCGGAUUCAUUUGUUAAAAAUUCUAUAAGAUAAUUAUUGUUAUAAGUAGAGUUUACCUACUUUCAAAUGUAAUAUUCGCUUUUUUACACUUUUGGAUCACUACUGUAGAUGUUGUUACCAAUUGUGACUUCAGUAAUAAAGAACUAAUACACAGUAAUGAAAACACCGUUUAUUCCGUAAGAUGGUACAUGUGUUUACAUAAAGACCGGCGCCGGGCAACUGGUGCGGUGUAAUGCAAUAACUGCAUGCGCAAGCGCUUACGUGUCCCUACAAAGCCAAUCUUUUGAAAAAGCGAUUACACUUAAAAAAAACACAAUCCAACAAAACCAGUGUUAUUAUUUUUUCUGACAAAGUCGCACAGAGUGGGUAUAUGAUCUCAUAGAAGCGUUAGUCCGCAGUUUCUCGACAAAUCUUCUCAGCGGGUCUCGAUUCCGAUCCAUUAGUAGAUGUACCUGUAAAGGCAACUGUGCAGUUGUUAACAAAUCCCAUCCCGUUGGACUGAACCCGUGCCCAUCCUGGUGAAGCUAGAAAAGCGUCAAGGCUACCAUUCCUCCAUCCCCAAACCUAACCAAGUAUCUUUCUUAGAGGCCUAAUUAUAACUUGUCAAAUGUAUAGGUUUUUUUUUUUUUUUUUUAUUGCUUAGAUGGGUGGACGAGCUCACAGCCCACCUGGUGUUAAGUGGUUACUGGAGCCCAUAGACAUCUACAACGUAAAUGCGCCACACACCUUGAGAUAUAGUUCUAAGGUCUCAAUAUAGUCAUAUAGGUAAAUACGAACAAACCACUUAACCUAACACGCUCACGAAAGGCAACUACGAAGGAGGAACAGCAUAAUAUUAAAAUUUUAAAUUCGUAAAUAUCAGGCCUAAAAGGGCCUAUACUCAAUCCGCUCAACCCCACCGAGUUUCGUAAACCUAAAAACGAAAAAGGGCUUAAAAAUCAGCAAUACUGAAAAAAAAGAAGGAGAAAAGUCAAGUCAAAGCGUGCAUAAAGAAGUUUUACUUUCAGAAAAAAAAAGAGUAAUCAAACAAGUUACGGAAUGCGCAGUGUAGUACAUAUAUUAUAAUAAAUUAACGCAAUGGUCAUAGCAUUCACGGGGAUUUCCGAGUAAGAAAAAUAUAAUCGAUCGAUCCACUUACUAUGUCCACCACUAACUUCCUUGCGUGGAUAAUCCUCAAUGCUGAGGGUUGUGGCUUCAUGAGGCCUUCAACGGCAGUGUUUUUGGAAGAGAUUUAGUUCUUCGAGAUUGCUGAAAAGCCUUAUUUGGGUCUGGAUAAUUAACCGCCGCCAAACAUUCUGAGUUGACUGUUUUACGGUGGAAAGUUCGAACUCCAACUCCACCCUCUUUUCUCAUCAGGGCUUGGGACCGGCAUUGGCAGAAUUACCAGACCACCACCACUAACUAUUAAAUCAGUUGACUAUUACCUCCAAUGCAACAGUAGUAGGUUUUAUUAAAGCGGACUUAGUGUACAGACUAAACAAAUAAAAUAUAUGACAUCAGCAUCUUAAAUAAAUAAAUAAAAAUAGAUUCCGAGGUCUAAACUAAAAACAGAAAAUUUCCAAAAUACUGUAGAUCUACAGUAUAUGAUGUAGGGUUGGCUACACUGGACGCACCUUAGUGAAAUGCGAUUCAAAUAAAAGAAAUACAUAAUUUCGAAGAAGGCUUUGACUGAGCCCUUGCUCGCCCACCUGUCGUAGUGAAAAGGCCUCGGGUCCACCAGUAAUCCUUCAAAUAAUUGAAUCGAAUUUUUCUAUAAAGAAAAAAGAAGGCCUUUAUAAAAGUCGACGGUCACUAUUGUAAAAAAAAACCGCCUUAUAUAAACUAACAACACUUUCCUCUGCAAAUUUAACGAGUUUACGGCUCUUCAGUUGUUAAAUGAUCACUGGGGCUCAUUGCCGUAACACAAUUGUCGUCACCUCGGAAAAUUUUGAAGUCGUUAAUUUUAUUUCAAUAAUGGCUUUCCUAUCGAUUCGAUCGGUCACAACAGCGCUAGGUACCGAUUUUAUAAAUACAAUAUCGCACUGUUAGAAUUGAAAUGCCUUAACUAACAUUUUUAAGAAAAUGUGUUUUAUACUUUGAUGACCUAUAAAACGGUAUCUGUUUAUAAAAAAAAAAAUUUUUUUAUAAGUAGAUUUCAACGUUAAUCUAGAAAAGGAAAAACUACACUAUCUGCCUAUUUUAAAUCAAGCGCAUACCUUAAACUUAAAGGUAUGGGCUUUAAUGCUUAAAGUAUUAAAAUCAAAACUGAAAAAUUAAAUUUUUUUGCGUUUACAAAAAAACAAGAAUUUUGGAUUAUUAUCAUUUCAAUUCUAAAGGUUCGAUACGUAUUAUUUAUAAAGAUAAAUAUUCAAACACACACAACAACAUCAUGGGGUCGCGAAACCGCACGGACACUCAUCUCUUUCUAUCGCAAAACAGUUCAAUUGUCAGGGCUCGAAGUGUGAGGAAAUAGCAAUUGAGAUUCGACCCUAUGUCUGUAAGUGGAUGGUGGCAUUCGCCUUGCAUUGGUUACCAGUUAUCCCCUGGCCGAAAGUGCUCGGUCCCCCUAAGCGAAUUACCUAAUAAAAAUAAAUAUCUAAAGCGCUCGUAGUGUGAGAUUAGGCGCAAAGAUGCUCGCAAGUGCUCACGGACACGCUCGGCAGUCUCUUGGCAUUGGGUUUACAUCUAUAUCUGUACUAAUAUAUAAAUCUACAGUGGUUUUUUAGAUGUUCCGUUAUAACUACUGAACCAUGCAUCCGAUUGACUUGAAACUUGGUAUCCAUGUAGAAAAUAUAUGUACUUAAUGGAUAGACUGAUAUUUAUAUGAGUGUUUGACUCCCUAAUAAAUAAUGUUAAUUUUAAAUUCCCAGCGAAGCGGGCGAGUACGGCUAGUCAUUAAUAUUAGUAACUAAUGUAAUUUUAUAUUCGUAAGAAAAAAAAAUCGAUUCUUUUCUCUGAAAUCUAAUAUAACACGGGCGAGGUGUUGGGAAUUCAAAGUAAUUCCAAAGGUUCAAAGCUUGAUGCUCCUUGUCGCAGGACUCGCAGGGUGGGGAGUCGGAGCCCGAGCUGCCCCCAGUCGAGCCACGCUCAUCGACGAACUCCAAAA